AUGGACUCGAAAUGGGCACCACUCGUGCCAACCACAAAAGGCUCAUCAUCGUCUUCGGGCUUCACUGAUGCCAUCAUGGCAAGACAAAGCAUCUCUGCGAAAAGCGGCCAAGAUGCGGCGGCUGCAAGUGCUGCUGGAGCAUCGAAUGUCAACCAUGUUUCUCUCGAUCCUUUCUCCAUCGGAACACUUUCAUCUACAGUGAUUCAGCGAAUACUCAGCUUCGUCCCAGUAUCAGACCUUCCGAGCUGUGCUUUGGCAGCUCGAUCGCUCGCACGGUUCGUUGCCGAUGAGAGGUUGUGGGCUCAGAAACUCGCUUUCUUGCAAUACAAGCAAGUGCCUGGACGACAUGUUCGCUACAGUCCAGAUCUAUCCACCCUAGCAUCUUCGUCGAAGGAGCAAAUACAGCGAAAGGAUAGUGCCAGCUCGAACAAGAACCAUCAGAGCAGCAUCGCCACUGCCAACACUCCGGAGAGCAACGAUGAUGAGUUCGGCGACUUCGAAACCGCCACUGUCACAAGUCCGGACGACGAGAGCUUUGGCGGCUUCACGUCCUCUAAGCAGAGUCAAUCAGGGCAGAGCUUCUCGUCGGCGCCCGUCUUCUCAUACCGAGCAGAGUCAAAGCUCCCGAUGCCAAGCACAGAGGCUGACUCGGCGUAUCAGACCUUCAAACGGAUAGCAGUGUCACUCAAGCCUUUCGUUCAGAGCCUUCUGUUCGAGACUACACCGACUGCGUCGCUCGUCUUCACCGAUCCGAGCUUGUCUUCGCUCUCAUCCCAAGUGUAUAUGAUCUGUAAUGUUGCUCGCUUCACAGGUCCGCUCGUCCUUGGCUCCUUCGCAAAGACACAUGACGGCAAGACAUCAACAAACGUGGCGCUGGAUGCAGCGCCAGAAGAGCAAGAUCAAGAUCAAUGGCGACUACGAAUGUCAAUCAGAGAAGCAACAGACUAUCUCGAGGGCGUAUUGCUGUCAGCAUUUGAAGGUGCUGAUGCAAGACGGACAGAUGCACUCAAGGCCGGACAAAGAGGCAUGGACGUCAGCAAAGCCGUCGAGCGAGCCGAAAGCGACAUGCAAGAGCAUGCUACUCUCCUAUGGAAUCUCGUCAUUUCAACAGCUGAUCCUUCAGCCACAUCCAGCAACUUCACUCUCGGCGGUGGCUCACUACCAACAGAAGCUGGCGAACCCAGCAACUUCCUCGCUCUUCUCGACCAUCCCGGCUCCGCAGCAGCACUCAGCUUCCUGGAAAAGCGAGAUUCUCUCUUGAAAACGACCACUCACCAACCUGAAGCCAACUUCACCACACCUACAUCACCGCAAUCUCAACCAUCCUUAGACUUUACAUCGAUGGACGCCUUCAUGGCCGACGUUCUCUCCGGUUUGCAAACAGACGGAUCGCUCAUUGCACGCGUCUUCCCACCCGAGCAGCAACUAUUGCUCGCAUUCGCAAGUCGCAUCGCGAACGAAAUCGUAGGAGAAUACAUCAAUAGUGUCCUCACCAAAGCCCGCUGCAUCGAUACUCACCUCUACCUUCAGGCUGCAGCCGCCACCUUCUCUCAAGCGCUCAAGAUGGCAGAUACUCUCCAGAAGAUCGAACCGCGGCAUCCCGAUUACGUCACGCCGGCGCGAUGUCGUGCAAUCGUGCUGUCCAUGUUCGAGGCUCAUCUGGAUGAGUAUCUGCAAGAAGAGCGGGAUUGGGUGAGGAAUGUGAUGAUGCAGAUGUGUAAUGAUGGCAGUGCUGCUUCCAGGUCGGGAACGACUGGAGGAGGCGCUGCCGGGGUAAAGACGGGUAAGACGAUGGAUACCGCUUUCUUGGCCAGUAACAAUCCUGCGCGGGUGAAGAGGAACGUGUUGAGUGGGUUCAAGGAUGUGCUGUUGAUGCCUGUUACUGUUGUACCAAGGGCGGCAGGGGCGGUGGGAGGAGCGGUGAUCAGGACUGCCGGGACUGGGUUGAGUCAGUUGAACCCGCUCAAGUGGCAACAGAGCUCGGCGGCGGCGGGGGGACGUAGCGGAAAUGGUACUGGCUCGGGUGUGGGUACUCUGAAACGAUCGAGUACGUCGGUAAUUGGGUCGAUUCAGAAUGAAGUUGCAGCGAACAACGGGUAUGUAGACUUUAGCAAAGAGGUUCUCGGUGGUCCUGAUGGGCACGAUAUUGGUGAUGACGAGAGCGAUGAAGAAGACGUCUUGUCAGCAAAGGGCGAAAAGGCACAAGGCUUCGGAGUGUUCGAGGGCGUGACAGUCGAGAACGAGUGGAACGAAAACCCCUCCAGUCAGGACGUCAGCAGCAAUAUCUGGACUGCCACCAGCUUGCAAUCCAAUGCCGACACCGGCGGGUGGAGCAGCAAGGCGCCAAAGACGUCCAGCAUCACCCCUUGCGCCUCGCAAAGCUCCGAUCUCAACGAGAAAGGAAUCUCCAACAAUACUCGUGUCUCAGAUCACCGUGCUGCACCAGCACAACGCAACCGAUUCGCCAACCUACAACUCCUCCUAUCCCUCGAUACAGCCCUCUCCCUGAUCCAAGUGAAUCGAGAAUCCCUAAAGCGAAUGGAAGCAUUUCUGGUCUACCCUCCCACCACCUCCAACGGACGCCGAGUCAAGGAGGAAAUGGAAGAAGUUUGUCUCUCCCUCUUCCAAGUUCUUGGCGAUCAACAUAUUGCUCCUGGAUUCAACAAGGCUACUGAGGAGAUCAAGCAGUGCAAUCCGCUGUCUGACGGAGACGGAUCUUGGAUAUCCGAAAAAGACCACGGGGAGUGGGCGGCAGAGGUGCUUCCCUUGGUGCAAUUCUUCGAAUUAACGCAUAUUGCGGAUACGAUUUCUCAGCUUUGUUCGGUCUACUUUUCUCAGACUUUGGUGGCGGUGGUGGGAUUGGAUGUGGAUGAUUUUCUCAACCCUGUCGUUCGGGCGAAGAAGGCUUUCGAGGGGAACUUGGAUGAAUUCGUAGCUUCUGGCCUGUCAGUAUCGGUUGACUUGUUGAUGAAGCGUGCCGAAUGGAUUUUGUUUUCCCAACGAAAUCCGAUGGAUUACGCUGGGAACGAUAUCAACUCUAUGGCUUCCCUCGAUAGUUCUACGCCUGCUACCCGCUCCACUAUCGAAGUUGUUCGGUUGCACUGCAGCUUGUUGGUUGGAGCAACGGAUCGCGAGAUUCUGGAUCUAUUCUAUACAGAAGUUGCUCUGCGAUUCUUCACCAUUCUCACCAAACACCUGAAAUCUCUCACCAUUUCCCAGGUUGGCGGAUUCCAGCUGAUAUCAGACCUUAAUCACAUUUCGGCAUUUAUAUCUUCUCUAAAGUCCAAAGAAGCGGAUGUUGCAAGAUUCUACAACUCCUUAAAGACUCUAGCAAACUAUUACAUUGUUGAUGGCAAGGAGCUCAUAGCACUAUUGAAGAAUAAAGACGCAAAUAAUUCGGCAAAGACACCUGUAAGGGAAGAUGCUUUUUGCUUUGGACAGGAGGAGUUGUACGAAUUCUUGAAAAGUAGAAGCGAUUUUACAUCCUUGGAGAAACAGAUUGACCAUGAAAUCUUUGGCUUCAAGGUUAGUGAAGAUUGCCUUGUUUGCUAA